AUUGAAAACAACACGUGAAUGGCAACCUAACCUCAAUUUAGUUUUCUACAGGUACAUAAUUUUAAUUAAAAAAAUGCAAAAUUCCUUAGAUUUUAUCCCAACAAAAUCCUCGAUUAUAAACUCAAACUGUAAUAAAGAUUUUGAAUCAGUCACUUUCACAUCCUACAAGAAGAAGCAAAAGCAAACAUCGUCUUCUUCAUCUCCAACCACCAAAAAUGAAAAAUCUAACGUUUUCGACAUAAAAAAGGCUCGUUACGAAGUGUUAAAGUUUGGAAUAUCAGGAUUGGAUCAUAAUAAGAAACAAGAAGCUCAAAUACGACUGGCGAUUAAAUUAGGUGCAAAACCGCCCAAAAAUAAGUACAAAAAUUACAAGGAGCUUUUAGAAGAGCGUAAAAAGGAGAAGGAAGUAAAUGACAGCAAUUUAAGGUUUCAACAGUUAGGAAAAGAUGAACAGGGAAAAUCUCUCGUGAAAAUUAAAAAAUCUAAACGGAGAAAGAAUGUGUUAAAAGGCAGCUUACUGGAAGCAUAUGGUACUACAAAGGUAAAAUCGAAGAAGUGACAAGGAUUAGUUAUUGAUACAAUAAAAUUCUCAAAUAAAAAAUCGAUAUUCUAUAUUUAUGAAACAACACUGAAAAUGUCAAUUACACUGAUUGGAAUACAAAUGUAUUAAAGACUUAUGGUGCAAUUU